AUGCCACAGCUCCCGCCGCAGGGCUCCUACCCCGGUGUCGCCCCGGAAAACUACCCUUCGCAACAGCCGAGCGUGGCACCGUCCAACCCGGCCACAUUCCCCACCACGCAGCAGCAGCAACACCCCCUGCGGGAUAGCUACGUCUCCAGACCGUCUCAUUCCACCGCGGCCCAGCCUGCCACCAUUCAGCAACCGCAACCCCAGCUUCCGUCUCAUCCCUCCAUGGUUCCGCCGCAAUUUGCCGCCAUGCCCCCGUUUCCUAACCCAUACAUGCCGCCUGUUCCUCCGAUGAUGGGCUCUAUGCCACCUCCGUUUCCUGCCCCGGGUUUACCGGGUAUGCCGCUCCCUGGUAUGGGACUCGGGGGUGCCGCUAUGCCUCCAAUGCCUGGUAUGUGCCAGCCGCCCACUUUCCAAGGCCCCUACCCCAUGAAGAACCUCAACGUCUAUGAAUAUGUUCGCCCGAUUGAUCUCGUCUCUGCAAUCCGUUAUCCCUACGACGCCCCGAUUGAAAAAGACCUUGCAAAAAUAAUUGCCAAGGCCAACCACUAUGGUGGCGAGAUACACAAGAAGCAUUUCUCCAACAAAAAGUACACCAAAUACGUCUUCCUUGCGGGUUUCAUCCUCUACAUGCGCGGCUACCCGCAGAUCGCAAACCCCUACGACCCGGAAGACAUUUACGUCAAGAUUCGCAAUGUCUUCAUCGCAAACCCCAACCGCUUGGAACAAGCUCCUGGCUCCGCUCUCGCCAACGUCUUGGCCGGGAGAAAGCAUCGUCAUCGUCACCACCACCACCACCACCACCAUCACAACCAUCGAAACCACCGCCACCAUCAUCGUCACCACUCCCGCCGCUCUCGCUCCGAGAAAGAGGAAGACCCUAAGAGCACUCGCACAACGGGAAGGCUCUCGCCCACCCACUCACAAUCACAAAAGAAAAGCUCAGGUGGCUCUCGCACCGGUUCUCGCGCUGGCUCUCGCGCGGGGUCCUCAUCCACUUCUGAAUCGAGCGAAUGGGAGGAAUAGCCGUUUCCACUUGCAAUCCUCGUCUUCCCACACUUUAGCAUGCUACUGAGAUAUGUGUACAUCUUCACUUCUUGUUUGUGCUUUCGCUUGCUGCCUUGUUGUGAUCUCUACGCAGACAAAAUCCCUCGUUUCUCCGACAUACCCAUAGUUUGCUGGUAUGGUUUUCCUUUCGCCAUCCCCUUCACUUGAUUAAUUUUUUUGGUAUCUUCUCCAGAACAGUACCUCGAGUCAUGGAAGAGCACACCUUCGACCAUUUCGACUGUUAUCCUCAUGUAGAUAGAUUCAAACUAUAGAACAAAAAUGUGAUCUCUAUGACGUAA